GCCGAGCGCGGGCACUUUAGCAGGCGGCGGCGGCGGCGGCGGCCUGUGCUCCGGGGCAGCCCGCUCCCUCCCGGCCUCUCCCUCCCUCCCCGCGGCCGGUCAGCAUGAAAGCCUUCAGCCCAGUGAGGUCCGUUCGGAAGAACAGCCUCUCGGACCACAGCCUGGGCAUCUCCCGCAGCAAGACGCCGGUGGACGACCCGCUGAGCCUGCUGUACAACAUGAACGACUGCUACUCCAAGCUCAAGGAGCUGGUGCCCAGCAUCCCCCAGGACAGGAAGGUGAGCAAGAUGGAAAUCCUGCAGCACGUCAUCGACUACAUCCUGGACCUGCAGAUCGCCCUGGACGCGCACCCCGCCAUGGUCAGCCUGCACCACCCGCGGCCCGGGCAGAGCCCGGCGGCCCGGACGCCGCUGACCACCCUGAACACGGACAUCAGCAUCCUGUCCCUGCAGGCCUCCGAGUUCCCUGCUGAGCUCAUGGCCAAGGACAGCAAAGCGCUCUGUGGCUGAGGACGGUGGCCAGGACUUUCCCCCUUCGCUUUGCACAACAACAAACAAACCCACAGGAACUGACUUUUCGGCCUCUCACGAGGAGGACGGCGCGUUGAAUGGGCCUUUUUUAAAACACGGACGCAGGACUGGGAGGGUCAGCCCUCUGCCCCGGGUGUGUUUCUGGCCUGGCUGGGGAGAGGCGUUAUUUAUGGAAAAGACUCUUCGAUGCCCUUUCUGAAGUCGGAAGGUUUCUUUAUACUCCCCCCGCCGUGGGGAGCGGACACUUUAAAAUCACAAGGAGUUUUGCCCCAUUUCAGCAGACUUUGCCUUUUUUCCGAAGGUGGAGCGUGACUACCAGAAGGAUCCAGUAUUCAGUGACUUAAAAUGAAGUCUUUGGGUCAGAAAUUGGCCUUUUUGACACAAGCCUACUGAAUGCUGUGUGUAUAUUUAUACAUAAAUAUAUCUAUAUAUAUAUAUUGAGUGCAGCCCUGCGAACUCUUUCUCCAGAGUUGGCUCGUACGUACGGUGGCAGAGAUGUCCAUUUCUGCAGACAACGUGGAAUGAUGUACUCAUUCGUGCUAAACUUUUUAUAAAAGUUUAGUUGUACACUUAACCCUUUUAUACAAAAAGAAUAAAUCCAGUGUGUUUAUUGAA